AUGUAUAAUACAAACUGGCCAUUGCAUCAGAAUACAUCGACAUCAAAUGUCGACUGGGGUGCUUUGGCGGACUCCUGGAUGCAACAACGGGAGCAACAAGCUCAAUGGCAACAAGCACCACUGCCACCGCCACCACCGCCACCUCCACCACCUCCUCAAUUUCUUCUUAGUGCUCCACCAAUACCGCCUCCUGGUUUACCACCCAUCGGAAUGACAUUUCCACCGUUACCACCAACACAACUUGGUAUUGGUUCACACCAUCACCAGCUACAGGUUGGUUCAAAUACCACUCAGGAAAGUUUAACGAUGACAAAUAUUGAAAAUUCACAUUGGAGGCCACCACCACCACCACAUCAAAUGAUGAUGCCUAGCGGACCUCAAUGGAGACCUAAUAUGAAUAAUAAUCAACCAAUAUUUCCUAUGCAAUCAGAUAUGGCUUCGCCUUUUGGUGGUCCUCAAUUUUGGUUAUCAAAUAAUACCGGUCAACAAGCAGUACCUCCACCUCCACCUGUACCGGCACCAGUUCCACCGCCAGUACCACCUCAACAAUCACCAAUUCCACCUACAUUUUCUGCACCAUCAUUUCAACAUCCACCAAUCGAUAAAAGAAUCAUGAAUACAAGUUUUAACACGUCUAUACCAUCAUUGAUGGAUCUUCCCUCUUAUGGAAAAAAUAAUUCGACGCCUCCACCAAUGCCAGUUCCUCCUGUACCUGUUUUACCUAUUGCACCCCCGGUAAAAAUCGCCAAUAUUCCAAGUGGUGUCAAUACGAAUGCAAAGCGGCGAAAAAUUCCCGCUUGGCUUCGCGAAGAAUUAGGGAGACUUGAAAAAGAAAAAGAAAAAAAAAUGCAAAAUUCAAGUAAUGAUAAUAAUAGUUUUUCUUUAAAUGAAUCUUACUCUAAAUUUGAUGAUGAUAAUCAAGACGAUGAGGAGGAUGAGACGAACGAUGAAAAAUUCAACGAAUCGACAACACGAUUCGAUGAUGAUGACGAUGAGGACGACGAGAAUGGUGAAGAUACAGAACAAAAUGACGAGGAAGAACUACAUUUAAAGCUGGUUUCUUCAACACCUAUUGUCAAUCGACGAAGUCGCUUUGAUGAUGACAAACCAACUGAACCACAACAGCAGCUAAAUGUAAGCGCGAUUUCGAGACGAACACAUUCCCCACCACCAUCAACGAAUACGGCAACAACAACAUUGAUUGAGGAUGAUCAAAUUGAUAAAGAAGCACAAUUGAUGAACAAACUACGUCGUACAUUGACAGAACUAUUACUCGAAGUUACCAAUGAAGAAUUUGCAGCAAUUGCUAAAGAAGUUUAUUUGAGUUGCAAAGCUGAAUCAUCGACACCUGUGAUUCGUAAAGCUUCAGGACUUUCAAGUCUUAUGCAAAGCUUUUCUGGAAGCGAUUCUGAUGACGAAGAAACACAUGGCCAGUCGAUUGUGGAUACAACUGUAAAGAACAAAUCACCUAUUCGAGCACCAGUAAAACAACCUAACGUGCUAUCAAAAUCUACAAAUAAAGCUUUCGAUGAUGAUAGUAAAUUGAAUAAAAGUAAAGACAAGAAAUCUACUCGAGAACGAAGUCCAUCAUCAUCGUCUUCAUCACAUGACCAUAAGAAUAAAAAGCAUCAUCAUAAAAAGCACCGUCGACGUUCAUCAUCAUCAUCGUCAUCGCAUUCUUCUCAAUCACGUUUACAAAAGAAGAAAAAAUCUUCUAAUCACGAUCAUCAUUCUGAACAUAAUAAAUCGAGAAAUCGAAAUCCUUAUACAAUAACUGUCAAUAUUGAUGUUAGUAGAAACGAUCCAUUGAACAUAACCAAUGGUCCAGUGGAUAAAAUACAGUUUAAUAAACCGACACAAGUACUCGCUAUGAUUAUUAAUGAACGCAUUCCUGACAGUGACCUGUGGAAAUUUAUUAGCAAUUCAAUAGUUUUUUUUCAAAAAUUAAAUAUUGAACAUUUGAUCAUUUAUGAUUAUGAAGGUUAUAUCAAGGCGCGUGAAGCUUCGAUUAUGGACUAUGUUCAUACGUGUGAUAAAAAAAUUCAGUCGUCACAACUAUUGCCAACUAUACAUUUUCUUUCACUAAUUGAUUGUAGUCAAACAUUAACUAAAGUAGCCCAAACUGUUUGUCAACAAGUGAUAGAAAAUCAAUUAAAUUGUGAUGCCAUUCAAACGGAUACAAUCGAUCGUUGUUAUACAAAAUUAUCAACUAUUCCAGAAAUCAAUUUAGCCUUAAUCAUCGGACCAAUCAAAAGUGCACUUGGAUUACAUCCAUGGUUAACACGAUUAACAGAAUUCAUAAUGAUUGAUUCAUAUAAACAAAUGCAAACAACUAAUUCCUAUAUUAACAUUGUUCAACGUUACAAUCAAAUCGAACAAAGACAAGGCCGAUAA